AUGAUACGAUACAACAAUUUGGUGGACAAAGUCUUUAUUGACGGCUGUGGGCAAUCGAUCGCUGACCUUCUCCUUGACAAAUCCUUUCUGGAUAUGAUCCACCCUGAUGAAAGAUCCAUGGCCUACGCAGACCUUGUUAGUUUUUCAAAGGCUCAAACUUUGGCCGGCUCCAUUACCAGAUGCAGGCUUUUGUCUUUCAAGGAUAUCGCACUUCAACAAUCUAAGCCGCAGGUUCCUACUACUACCACCACCACAACUCCAUGUUUCAUUUCACAUCAAGUUACCUUUGAAUCCCAAAAGGUCGAACAAUGGAAAAUAGUGAACGUGGUCAUGUACAUUGUUACCGAUUCUCUCAUUCUUACUUUCUUCCAUGAAGCAGACCCAUCAUCACCCGAUGCAGACAGCGGCACAAUGACCGACACCUCCUUUUCGUGUGGUCAAUAUGGAUGCGACACCUACAGCAUGUCCUCGCUUGUUCAUACGCUGCAACGCCAUUAUCAAUCUUCAUCAGCAUCAUCAUCCAUCAGCUAUCAACAUCCACAACAGCUCUUUCGGAUUUUUGACAGUGAACGUCCAAUCGUUUCAUGGCCCAUGCACCAUAGCGAGGAGGUACUCGAUACGACCAAGCACAUCAUGCUCAAGGAUACGUUCAUGUGCUCGGACAAUCGCUGCAACAACGCCCAAGGUAUCUGUACACACCAUCAUCAUUCAAGUUCCAUUGUAGCGUUAUCACACGGUCUCCAUCGCAUCGAGAGAAUCAUUGUACCUUAUGGUGGUAUCGUGUUUGCAGCAUUUUGUAUCACGCCUAUUGUUCCACGUCAUUCGCAGUACAUGUCAGCUACUGCUACGGCUGCUCAGGAUCAUCAUCAUGAUACGUCGUCGUAUCAGCAUUAUAUCCAUUGUAGUGCGCCCAUGUUACCAUCUUCUGCAUCAUCACAUCAUGAACAGCAACCACAAGACCAACUCACUUAUAGCCGCUAUUCAACCAGCACAAUUGGAUUUGGACAAUAUCCAGUUACCUACAUGUCGCAACAAAAUGGGUCCUUGAUGAUGAGCGAUGAAAAUGAAGCCAUUACCAAUAGUGCCCCAGCUGAAUUGCGCGUAUGCUCAAAGUGUCGAACCACCACUAGUCCCGAAUGGCGGAAAGGUCCAUCAGGCAACAAAACGUUGUGUAAUGCGUGUGGUCUUCGGUUUGCUCGGCUUGUGCAAAAGGAGAAACGGCGUUUGUCUCGUUCACGAUAA